AGUGUUUCUCAGCUUCCCUAUGGCAAAGCUCUCUACACGUAUGAGGGAAAAGAGCCUGGUGACCUCAAGUUUAACAAGGGGGACAUCAUCAUACUGCGGCGAAAGGUGGAUGAGAACUGGUACCAUGGGGAGCUCAAUGGGAAUCAUGGCUUCUUCCCCGCCAGCUACAUCCAGUGUAUCAAGCCUCUCCCGCAAGCUCCACCUCAGGGCAAAGCACUUUACGACUUCGAAAUAAAGGAUAAAGAUCAAGACAAGGAUUGCCUGACCUUCACCAAGGAUGAAAUUUUGACAGUCAUCAGGAGAGUAGAUGACAACUGGGCAGAAGGAAUGCUAGGUGACAAGAUUGGCAUUUUCCCUAUCCUCUAUGUUGAGCUCAACGAAUCCGCCAAGCAGCUCAUCGAGAUGGACAAGACCUGCUCGGCUGCCGCCUCCGGCUGCGACGCAACAUGGGGGGUGGCGGCAGCAGCAGCAGCAGGUCUGGCACCAUGCUCCACGCUGGCUGGUGCCGGGGUGGCUGGGGCAACCGGGGCAGCCCAGCGGCCGGUGGAGGGCAAGAAGAACGCCAAGAAGCGCCACUCCUUCACCGCCCUCAGCGUGACGCACAAGUCCUCCCAGGCUGCCAGCAACCGGCACUCCAUGGAGAUCAGCGCCCCGGUCCUCAUCAGCUCCAGUGACCCGCGGGCGGCUGCCAGGAUCGGAGAACUGACCCACCUCUCCUCCAGUGCCCCAGCCCAGGAUUCCUCUUCGAUUGGAACAGCCACGGUGGCUGGUCCCAGGACAAGUGCAAUAGUUGGAGAUCAGGGAACACCGCAGAAGGUCCAGCUCCCCCUCAAUAUCUACCUAGCCCUGUACGCCUACAAGCCACAGAAGAACGAUGAGCUGGAGCUCCGCAAAGGCGAGAUGUACCGGGUCAUUGAGAAAUGCCAGGACGGCUGGUUCAAGGGGACGUCUCUGAGGAGCGGGAUGUCUGGCGUCUUCCCAGGCAACUAUGUGACGCCUGUUUCAAGGGUGCCGGUGGGAGCUGGGCAGCCCAGAAACAGCGGAGCUGGAGGAGUUCCAACAACGAAAGGAGCCCCAGGAGCCAUCCACCCCAUUGGGGCCAGUCACACCAAUGCCACCACGUCCGUCAGACCGGUUGUUCCUAUCACUGCGCCUUCGACGCAUCCCCAGCUACAGGCAGCCUCUCCGCAGCUGAACAACUGCUUGAGGUAUUCGGCUCAGCAGCCAGCCAGCCAGACCCGCAACGCCAUGCAGAUGG